AUGCCUUCCAGAAACAGAAGACUUCCGCUGCAGCCAAAGCACAACAGGCCUAAUGCGCCUAGACCCGCGCCCACCGCCAUAAAUGAAGGUCUGGCGGCCUUCAACAGACGCGAGAAUCCCGUCGAUACCUGGAGAAUUGCGAGAAAUUGGACCAUCAGAGAUCCUAAGCAAACCAUCAUAGCAAUUGGCAGAGCUACAGGAACCCACAUCUCAUAUGACAGGAAGUUUGAGUUUCACAUCUGGGGACCUCUUGAGAAAGUAAGACAAGCUAGAGUGGUCUUGGAAACCAAUAUCCUGCAAGACAACCCAACAUUCAAGCACCAUGAACAAGAUAUCGGACCCCCCAGAGAUACCCCCUUCAACACAAUAGGUUUGUUUGUCUGGCCGUCCGAAGAAUACGCGCCUGACAAGGAGCUUGGCCAACGCAACUUCGAACGUCUGGAUCCCAUCCGUAUCGAACACGACUGUAUCAUCGAUUACGAUGUUUCUAGAUCGUCCUUCGUCGUCAAAGGCAGUGCCAACGACGUACAACAAGCUCUGUCACGUAUCAAAGGUCUCCUUUGUAAGGCCGUGGCUCAGAACACCCCAGUCCAAAGGCUUUAUCUUGUGCAGAACGACUGCCAGGAGGUCAUUCUCAGGGACCAUGCUCUUUCAGUGGUGGUGGAGUGCGGCUCAAAGCCACCAUCACGCUCGGCAAAGGCUGUCAAGAGCGCUGGAGCCAAGCUGAGACCAGACGAUGUCACAUUGCACGCAAAGCAGAUCAAGGAUCGGGUCAUGCAGACACUGAGCAAAGUUCAUUGGCAUCGGGGUUAUAUUGACUUUAGGGUCCAUCUUGGAACACUCACCCUGACGAACUUCAAGCCUUUUGAGAGCAUCGAUCUGCCCGACUACAAGGAAAUGCUUGCGGACGCUUACAAUUUUCGAGGCAAGGUCACCGACGAACUCGGGAACAAGCACUGUGAAGAGACCCUACUUCUCCACUUCUUAAGAGCCACUGGCUCGCUUGAUCCCUGCGAUCGCGAUGUGCCUAACCUUGCCGAUACCAAGCCCUUGUAUACCGCUACCCUUGAGGUUGAUCUCAAAGACAAUCGCGGCCACCUAAUGAUCAGCAAGACGUGGCGCACGAACAACGGUCUCUUCACCCCAUCUGAUCCCGAGUAUAGGCGCAUGGAUGGAAACUCAGGUCCCACCAAGUUCCUCGAAGUUUCUGUGUCUGACACCGUCAGCAAUUUCACUUGGCUGCUUGAGAUCUCUGCUCUUGGACUUCAGGAGCUCGAAGCACUUCCCAAGUGGGCUCAGGAGCAUGGUCACCACUACAUCAAUCUGGAACGCAAUAGGGCACAGAACGCCGAUUCCUUCUGCGACUUUGAGAGCUACAACGGAAAGCCAAGGACUGUUGCGAACAAGAGGAGCAUGACAGAGAAGAUUAUCUGGCGAUUUGAGAUGAAGGCGCCUUACAUCGGCUACGAAGUGGAAGUGGCCAAAGUCUUCAGAAGAGAAUACACGGCUUGCAAUCCCCCAGGCAAAGAGCCAGUCACUCGUUAUGAGCCGCGGUGGAGUGUCGACGUCAAGCAUCGCAAAUGGUCGGAACAGCUCGCUUACAAUCACGAGCUUAGCGCUGGAUACGGCGCAGAGUGGAAAGCAGAUAUACAGAGCUGGUUCCCUGUAGAUUCGGACAACCGGGACGAGAAACUCAAUGGUCAUGUUGAGCUGUUGCGUGCACUGCAGCGUGUGCAGGAUAUUGCUUUGGGAAAUGCUCAGUGA